AUGAAUUCAAUUGAAUUCGAGGAAAAAUUUGAUGAAGAUGCAAGGCCUCCUGACCACAAUAUUGAUCAUAUAAGACAAAAACACAAAGAGUAUAGUCUUGAAGGAACAGAUCUAAAUGAUUUAAGACUGAAAGGGGAUCACACACACAAUAUAAACGUUAUAAAAGAGGGCAAGGGAGAACUCAUAUUGUCAAGAAGACCCAAAAAGUCAUUCAAAAGUUCUGACUUUGGACCAUGUCCUUUUUGUAGGGAAUGGAUACUCCUAUCAAAUAUUGGCAUCCAUGUGAAGAAAUGUAAAAAGAAAGAAAAUAAUGAGCACGAGCAAAGAGACUCAUCUGCCAGUGACAGAAAAGAACAAUCAAGUGGAACUGGAGUUCUAAAGUUGAGAGCAAUUCAAAAUCUCUCUGACAAUAUAUCAGGACGAAUUAAAAGUCAUCCUUCUUCCAAACUGAUAAAAGAUGUUUUUGCUAUCAUGACGAGGGAUGAGGUGUCGGAGAUAGCCAAGUCAGAUGAGCUCAUCGUCAGUCUUGGAGACUCAUGGUAUCAAAGGAACAUGGGAAAUGCUAAAGCCAAAUACAUGGCUUCUCAACAUAUGAGGCUCAUGGCAAAGUUUUUGAUCCAAUUAAGACAAAUGAAGAAUAAGGACAGUUGUGGGAAUGAUGAUGAUGAUGAUGAUGAUGAUGAUGAUAGGAGAAAUGGUGACAGUGCUUUAUGGGAUUUUCUUAUCCCAUCACAAUACAAUGAUAUUAUGCAGGCGGCUUUAAACAUAUCUAUUCCAUACAUUGAUGAUAUUCAGGAGCUAAAAUCACCAUCUAAUGCAAUUAAGAUCAAAUAUGAUUUGAAACGAGUGGUGGAAUUUAAAUGGUCCAAGGUACAGACCAAUGGAUUGGACAAAAAACAGGGUGAGGAUUGUGACACCUUGAUUCGUCUGAUUACUAUUCAUUGUUCUGAGAGUGUGACUCGACUCGCUAGGACAGUACUAGCAGUUAGGUCUUUCAACAAAACUAUAGAAAUACCAGCACCAGAGGACAUAGAAGUCCUCAACAAGUAUGUCGAUAACCAGAUGUUACAUGAGAUUGACCUGACCACCAUUGAUCUUGCAACUUUUCGGAGGGCUGUUGCAUUGGUCCAGACAAAGCUGCUUCUCUUUAACAAACGUCGGUCUGGAGAAAUAGACCAAAUCACAGUGAAGCAGUAUGCUCAAAGAAGAAAAGAAUUGGAAGAUGUAGAUGAAAGCUUGAUUGGGGAGUUGACAGAUUUGGAAAGAAAACUCCUUGAAAGUCAUGACUUGAUGGUGGUGAGAGGAAAGAGAACCAGACCUGUUCCUGUGAUCAUCCCAGAGUCUGUGAAAAACUGUAUGUCCUACAUUGCAAAUUCCAACAUAAGGGAGAAAGUUGGUAUUGAAGGAAGAUGGCUGUUUGCUUCAACAGGGUUUUGCAGCAUGAGAUCAUAUGAUUCCCUGAAGACAGUUAUCACUGAAUGCAGUUUGAAAGCACCAGCCAAGAUAACAAGUGUCACCCUUAGGAAAUAUAUGGCAACACUUACACAGGUGAUGGAUUUAAAAGACGGUGAACUUCAGUGGGCCUGUGAUCAUCUUGGUCACACUAAGGCUGUUCAUUUGUCCCACUACAGGCAAAUGAGUGGUUUCAUAGAGAGGGUGAAAAUGGCAAACCUCAUUCUGGUGCAAGAUAUGAAUUUGGCAGGUGCUUUGAAGGGCAAACAAUUAGCAGAUCAACAAGUGGAUGAAUUAUUGACAAAGAAACUACAAGAGGAAAUGAAUACAGACACACAGGUAGACAGUGAAACUACUGAAAUCAAUGUAAAAUUUAUUGAAGAUAACACUGACUUGGAUAUAGAUAUGGAUGUCCUAUUUGAAGACGAAGAUGUGACAGAGACUGCAGCACCUUCAAAAAAAUCUGUAUCAAGAAAAAGAUGGACUGAAGAAGAAAUUAAAGAAUUGAAAUUUUAUUUUGCUGAUAAUCUCAAAACAAAAACAUGUCCCUCUCAAAAACAGUGCAUGAUGGCCAUACAAAACAGCAGCAAGAAAAAUGGACUGUUAUCAAAAAGAUACUGGCACAACAUUGUAAAGAAGAUAAGCAAUAUGAACAAAAAGUAA